UGCACCAAACACUCAUUUCUCCUCUUCAGGAAAGUUUUACACUCUCAUGGAGGGCUAUACCAUCAGUGGACUGUGGCUGCUCACCUUGUUACUAGGAUGCGGGCAACUCUUGGCAUUCAAUUUGGACACAGAGAAUGUCCUCAGAAGAGAUGGAGACCCAGGGAGCCUGUUCGGCUUUUCUCUUGCGAUGCACCGGCAGCUUAGUCCAAUGGAUAAGAGAAUACUGCUGGUUGGGGCACCACAAGCCAAAGCCUUAAAUAAACAAAAAUCUUCAGUAACAGGAGGACUCUACAAGUGUGAAAUCAGCUCCAACCCCAGCGCUUGUGAAAGAAUUAUCUUUGAUAAUGAAGAGAAUUUGUCAAACGAAAACAAAGAAAAUCAGUGGAUGGGGGUGACAGUCAGCAGUCAGGGGCCUGGGGGAAAGGUUUUAACAUGUGCACAUCGGUACCAGCAACGGCAGAGUGUGAACAAACCUUCUGAAUCCCGUAACAUCAUUGGCCGCUGCUACGUGCUAAGCCAAGACUUAACUAUUACAUCGGCAAAGGAAGAUGGAGGUACCUGGCAUUUUUGUAAGGGUCGGAGCCCAGGCCAUCAGAGUUUUGGUUCCUGCCAGCAGGGUCUCUCUGCUACAUUUGACAAGGACUACCACUAUUUCAUCUUUGGAGCUCCAGGAGCUCAUGACUGGAAAGGCUUGGUGCACUUGGAGCAAAGGAACGACUCUUUCUUUGCGAUGAAUAUAUUUUUUGACGGGCCAUUUGAAACGGGAGGUGAGACUGAAAAAGACCCUAAUCUGGUCCCUGCUCCUGACAACAGUUACCUGGGUAAAAUACUUAUGCUUUAUUGUGAUGCCAGCAAUAAAAAUUUAGUAGUGGAUUUACCUUUUACAUGGCAAAUUGUACUUAUUUUGAACUCUGUUCUAGGUUUCUCCCUGGACUCGGGAAAAUCUUUGACCAGCAAGGGUCAGCUGACGGUGGUAGCAGGAGCUCCCAGAGCAUAUUACAGUGGGGCGGUGGUGCUGCUAAAGAAAGGAACUGAAGAUAGCCACAUCCUGCUUGAGGAAUACACCCUUAAAGGGGAAGGCCUGGCCUCAUCUUUUGGAUACGAUGUGACUGUGCUGGAUCUCAAUGGGGAUGGCUGGGAAGACAUAGUAGUUGGAGCCCCUCAGUACUUUGAGAAGGACUCAGAAAUUGGAGGAGCUGUCUACAUUUACAUCAACAAGGCUGGAAAGUGGGACAAAGUCAAACCAACCAGAAUAGAUGGAGCUGCAGACUCUAUGUUUGGCCUAGUUGUGGAAAACCUGGGAGAUAUAAACAUGGAUGGCCACUAUGAUUUUGCAGUAGGAGCUCCUUAUGAAGACAGUGGUGCAGGAAAAGUUCACAUUUACCAUGGAUCAGCCACAGGAGAAUUCACUAACAAGGCCACACAGGUCUUAUCUGGCAAGCCUUUGGGAGUGAGGCAGUUUGGCUACUCUUUGGCAGGAAACAUGGACCUGGAUAGGAACUCCUAUCCCGACCUGGCUGUUGGAUCUCUCUCAGAUUCAGUCUUUGCCUUCAAAGCCCGACCAGUUGUUAACAUUGAAAAGGAAAUCACUUUCUCACCAAAUAAAAUCGACCUCAGCCAGAAGAACUGUGGCAACAAUUUCUGCUUGGAAGUUAAGACCUGUCUCAGCUAUACUGCUAACCCAGAGAGCUAUGCUCCUAUGCUGACUGUGAUGUACUAUCUUGAGGUGGAUGCUGACCGCAAGAAGAACAAUCUUGAACCCAGGGGGAAAUUCACAACAACUUCAGACCCGGAAAAUGCACACAAGUCUACUGGGAUCAUUACCAUGGACACAAAAGGAAAGCAAAACUGUGUUAAACGCCAACUUGUCAUAAUGGAAGACAUUAGGGACAAGCUAGCUAUGAUCCCCAUUGAUGUUUCUGUGAACAUCCAAGAUGCUAAACGUAAACGUAGACAGACCCAGACAUCUCAACUUGUACCUGUCCUGGAUGCCAAAGACAUAAAACCAACUCGAACAGAGGUGGAAUUUUUGAAAGAGGGAUGUGGCAACGAUGAUGUGUGUCAGAGCAACCUGAAGCUAGAAUAUCGCUAUGGCUACACAGCUGCUAAAGAGGAUACAUUUACUCCUGUAGAGAUGGAGAAUGAAGUGCCUCUGAUCUCACUUAGCGACCAAAAACGUGUUGCUCUGGAAGUGACGGUGACCAAUCUAAAUGGAGAUGAUGCAUACGAAGCUUCUGUAAUUGCUAAUUUCCCCAAAUCUGUGACCUACUCUUCAUACCUGGCUCCACGUGAUCAGCCGCAAAUCACCUGCAAGGCAAAUACAAAUGGAACUAUGGCUGACUGUGAGGUUGGAAACCCUUUCAAACGUAACUCAAAGACAACCUUCUACAUUAUUUUGGGUACAACUAACAUGUCCUUUAACACUACUGAAGUGGAUAUUGAACUAAAGUUAGAAACGACGAGUAACCAGCAGAAUCUGAUGCCUGUGAAAGCAAAGGCAAAGGUGGCCAUCAUGCUGCAGCUGUCCUUAUCAGGGCAAGUUGAACCAUCUCAGGUCUACUUUAAUGAAGAUGUCAAAGCAAUGACGGACAUUAAGACUGAAAGCGACAUUGGCAGUGCCAUUACUCACCGGUUUACUAUAUUCAACCGAGGAAAGCGACUAAAAGACGUUGGAACUGCCACCCUUCAUAUAGAGUGGCCAAAGAUGACAGAGGCAAACAAUGAUCUGCUCUACUUGAUGAAAAUCAGCUCCACUGAGUUGAAGCAGAUUGAUUGCUCUCCUACUACGGAGAUCAACCGUCUUAACAAGGAACCAGUUAGCAGAAAAAGAAGAGCCACCAAACAAGUUAUAGAUGGGACAAUUUCACGCUUGAUUGGAAAAAAGAAAUUACUGACUUUGUCGUGUGGCAGUGGAACAAAAUGUGUGACAAUGAAGUGCCCCUUGGGGGGGUUGGACAAUAAGGCAACCAUCACUCUAAACUCUCGCCUGUGGAAUAACACUUUCGUUAAGGAGUAUUCCGAUUUCCAUUAUGUGGAGGUGAUGGUGAAGGCGUCUCUACAUGUUGACAGCACGACAAAGAACACAUUAAUGCAGGAUACUGAGACACAGGUGAGACUGACUGUGUUUUCAGAGAGACGUGCAGUUCGAUAUGGAGGAGUGGCAUGGUGGAUCAUUUUGAUGUCCAUCCUGCUCCUCCUGCUGUUACUGGGCCUGCUGGCUUUCCUUCUUUGGAAGAAUGGAGUCUUUGAAAAAAAUAGGAAGGAUCCAUCAGAUAAAGAGAAGCUAACAUCAAAUGCAUAAAAAUGGGUCAAAGAUGGGAGUGUGCUUUUUUCCCCCCUCAAUGAUGCCAAAUGGAGGCAUGCUUCCACUUGCAACACUGGAUCCGACCAAAAGAAAACUUUGGAAAAGAAGAUGUGGAUAACAUCACCAGACAAGAAAGCUACAGAAUAGGAAAUCUUAUUGUACAUAAAGUCACUCUUCGCUGGAUCACCAGAUUAACUGAUUUUUGCUGAAAGUCUAGGAAUUCAAAAUAAUUUCAGAAACAAGUCUUAAAGACCAAAUAUUGUAUCUAAACACUGUUCUUGGGCGGCUUAACUGUUAAUAGAAAUUUAGAGCUAUACUCUACCACAUGAGGGCGAAGCGCAGUGGGCGCUUAUGUGGUUCAGGCAGCACUGAUUAGAGAGUUGGCAGCUGGAAACUUGUUUUAUAUUUUUAAAUGAAUUUAUACUUUCUCUUGCAAAGUGUAUUUUUAUUUUUUGCUCUACGAAGUCAAACAGGCAUUUAUACUGGUGCUGGUCAUAAAAUUAGAAUACCACGAAAAAGUUUAUUUCAGUAAUUCCAUUCAAAAAGUGAAGCUUGUAUAUAAUAUUCAUUCAUUACACAGAAUGAUAUAUUUCAAAUGUUUUUUAAUUUUGAUUAUUAUAACUGACAACUAAGGAAAAUUCCAAAUUCAGUAUCUCAGAAAAUUAGAAUAUUACUUAAGACAAAUACAAAAAAGUUUUUUAGAAAUGUUGGCCAACUGAAAAGUAUGAACAUGAAAAGUAUGAGCACAUACAGCACUCAAUACUUAGUCAUGUGUUAAGAGCCCAGGUUGCUCUGAUAGUGGCUUUCAGCUCUUCUGAAUUGUUGGGUCUGGUGUGCACAGUUUGCAGUACCAGAUCACCCAUUUAUAUUCUGUACCUCAUCACAGAUCACCUUUUGCCUCAUUCUAGUUUUUAUUUCUAGGCUGACAACAUUGUCAAUGUGUUGCCAUACAGUAAACAUUUGUCUAAUACACAGCUGCAAGAUAUGUCAAGUUUAAGAUGACUUUUUAUAUAUUUUAAAUAAAAUAUUUUUUCUUGUGUUCCA